GGCUGGGGCGGUACGAGGCGGGGGUGGGCCCAGCGCGUAAUGGCAGCGCCGUGGCCUCGCGUCCAUCUUUACCGCUCUCUUGGACCUGUCACAAAGGAGUCGCGCUGCUGCCGCCGCCGCCGCCCCCUCCUUCGGGUGGACCGGGGAGCUGGAGAAGUCAGUGCCGCAGCCCGGCUGCGCUGCUCUGGGAAACCACUGGGGACGCGGAGCUGGGGGGAGUCCGAGGGCUGGGGACGUCCGUGAGGGAAGGGAGCAGCCGCCCGAGUCUGCGGUGGGGAGACCGGACUGGGGCUGAGGGAGACUCCGGGAAGGGGCCGGGGAGGGAGUGGUGUUGGGCAGAGCCCAGGAAACAACCCGGAGAUUCUCCACUGAGGCCCGCGCUGAAGGCGCCUGAAGAGGUACCUGGAAGAGGGUGUUCCCCCUUUAGCGGAUUCGGGACCGGAGGAGGUUGUUGGGGGUCGCCCUUCCGAGGAGGCCGUGGCUAAAGGGGUCCAGAACUGCCACUGGAUGACCCGGAUUCCCUGUAAUCGAUAAUGUUGGAGAUCAGCUCUGCAACUUUCUUCCAUAUUCAGUUGUUAAAAACAAAUAGAAUGAAAGUUCCUCCACUCCAGAUUAUGAAAACAGUACUUGGAAAACUGAAAACUAUCUAAAUGAUUGUCUUUGGUUGGGCCGUGUUCUUAGUGAGCAGAAGCCUUGGCCAGGGUCUGCUGUUGACUCUUGAGGAGCACAUAGCCCACUUCCUGGGGGCUAGAGGUGCCACUGCUACCAUGGGUAAUUCCUGUAUCUGCCGAGAUGACAGUGGAGCGGAAGAUAGUGUUGACACCCAGCAGCAACAAGCCGAGAACAGUGCAGUGCCCGCUGCUGACACGAGGAGCCAACCCCGGGACCCUGUUCGGCCACCAAGGAGGGGCCGAGGACCGCAUGAGCCAAGGAGAAAGAAACAAAAUGUAGACGGGCUAGUGCUGGACACACUAGCAGUCAUACGGACUCUUGUAGAUAAUGAUCAGGAACCUCCCUAUUCAAUGAUUACAUUGCACGAAAUGGCAGAAACAGAUGAAGGAUGGUUGGAUGUUGUCCAGUCUUUAAUUAGAGUUAUUCCAUUGGAAGAUCCACUGGGACCAGCUGUUAUAACAUUGUUACUAGAUGAAUGUCCAUUGCCCACUAAAGAUGCACUCCAGAAAUUGACUGAAAUUCUCAAUCUAAAUGGAGAAGUAGCUUGCCAGGACUCAGGUCAUCCUGCUAAACACAGGAACACGUCUGCAGUUCUAGGCUGCUUGGCUGAGAAACUAGCAGGUCCUGCAAGUAUAGGCUUGCUUAGCCCGGGAAUACUGGAAUACUUGCUACAGUGUCUGAAGCUACAGUCCCACCCCACAGUCAUGCUCUUUGCACUUAUUGCGCUGGAAAAGUUUGCACAGACAAGUGAAAAUAAAUUGACUAUCUCUGAAUCCAGUAUUAGUGACCGGCUUGUCACAUUGGAAUCCUGGGCUGAUGAUCCUGAUUAUCUGAAACGUCAAGUCGGGUUCUGUGCGCAGUGGAGCUUAGACAAUCUCUUUUUAAAAGACAGUAGGCAGCUGACCUAUGAGAAGGUGGACUUGAAUAGCAUUAGUGCCAUGCUGAAUAGCAACGAUGUCAGCGAGUACCUAAAGAUCUCGCCUCAUGGCUUGGAGGCUCGCUGUGAUGCUUCCUCUUUUGAAAGCGUGCGUUGCACCUUCUGCGUGGAUGCUGGGGUGUGGUACUAUGAAGUCACUGUGGUCACUUCUGGCGUCAUGCAGAUUGGCUGGGCCACACGAGACAGCAAAUUUCUCAAUCACGAAGGCUAUGGAAUUGGGGACGAUGAAUACUCCUGUGCCUACGACGGCUGCCGGCAGCUGAUCUGGUACAACGCCAGGAGUAAGCCUCAUCCACACCCGUGCUGGAAGGAAGGAGACACAGUAGGAUUUCUGUUAGACUUGAAUGAAAAGCAAAUGAUCUUCUUUUUAAAUGGCAACCAGCUGCCUCCUGAGAAGCAAGUCUUUUCAUCUACUGUAUCUGGAUUUUUUGCUGCAGCUAGUUUCAUGUCAUAUCAACAAUGUGAGUUCAAUUUUGGAGCAAAACCAUUCAAAUAUCCACCAUCUAUGAAAUUUAGCACUUUUAAUGACUACGCCUUCCUCACAGCUGAAGAGAAAAUCAUUUUGCCAAGGUUCCCUGGCCAUAAUCCUGCAGGAUUUGACACCUUACUUUCUGCCACUCCUAUAUCCUAUUCAUCAGAAUAUACCGUGGGCUGUGCCUUCAGAAUAUCUUCCAUGUGCAACUGCAGCUUGUCACCCUCACUGCCGCUACCAGUCCAAGCUGCCAUUAUUAUUUUUUUUGCUCUCCCUGUUCCUACCUAGACUCCCUUCAGUCUAUUCAACACAGCCUCCAGAAUGAUUUGUUACAACUUAAGUCAGAUCGUGCCCUUCUCUGCUCACGAGACUCUAGUAGCUUCUCAUUGCACUUAAGAUAAAAGCUUAAAUCCUUAUAAUGACCUUCCAGGCACUACACAAUUUGUCCCCUUCUCUUCUGUGUUACUUCUCUGAUUUUAUCUCCCACCUUCCCUCUCCCACUUGCUCACGCUCUUUAUUCAGCCACCCUGGCCUCCUUGCUGCUCCUUAAACAUACCAGAUCUAUUAUAGCUUCAGGGCCUUUGCACUUGCUGUUCUUACUGCUAGAAUGGGCCAAUGUGUGUUUUCCAACACCACCAGGCAAUUAACUCAAUUCUGACACUGCCUACCUGGAGACAGUCAGUGUCACAUCCCACAAGUUAAGGGCUCAGUCCUACAAUGCUUCCCUCUACCCUGACUUUAGAUGCCAGUCACAAGUCCAGCUUCCUAUGUUUGCAUCUGGCUGACUCUGACUCUAAAUUGAAUGUUCCCAUGACCCCCUCAUCAGGUUUGAUUAAUUUGCUAGAGUGGCUCACAGAACUUGGGAAAGUAGUUUCUUGACUAGAUUACCAGUUUAUUAGAAAAGGAUAUAAUACCAGAAUAGAUGGACAGUGAAGAGAACAGGCAUAUGGUAAGGAGCCCUCGCACCCUGGGAGUGUGCCAUCUCCUCAGAUCUCCACAUGUGCACCAGCCUUGAAGAUUUUCAAACCCUCCCCACAAGGGUGUCUGUGAUGGCUCCAUUACAGAGGCAUGAUGGAUGAGAACGUUGGUCAUUAGUGAUUGGACUCCCAUCUCUGGCCCCUCUGUCCUUCUGGGAGGGGAGGGGAGGAGUGAAAGUUCCAGCCCACCAAUUAGAAUGUUGGUUCCCUUGGCAGCUAGCCCCAAACUUUGCAAACGCUGCCUAGUUAACAUAGCAAAAGACACUUAUUGCUGUCUUCUCUUAGAGAAUUCCCAGGGUUUUAUGACCUCCCGUGCCAGGAACCCAGACGAAGCCCAAAUAUAUAUUUAUUAUAAGUUAUAAUAUCACAAAUGGUGUGUCUCCAGAUACCCACAAGACUCAGUCCCUCACUCUCGUCAUGGCAUAAAUGUGACCUUAGUGAAGUCUUCCUUGGCUGUCAUAUUUACAAUUGUAUCUCCCUGCUUCUCAUAUGCACACCACCUUCCUCUUCUCCCUGCUGUUUCUUCAUACUGCUCAUCAGCACUUAAAAUUCUGAUAUUUUACUUUUUUACCUGGUUUCUUUCUGUCUCCCUUCACUGGAGUGUAAGCUCUCUGAAGGCAGGGAUGUUUUUAGUCCUCUCUUCACUGCUGAGUCUCCAGGCUCAGGCCAGUGUCUGGCACACGGUAAGUCUCAAGGUGACUGGAAUGAACGUUUCAUGUUUCUCGUGCCCAGCGUCAGGGCUGCACUUUUAGUGAAGGAGUUCGUCCUGUCCACUUUUCCAUUUCAAACUGGGUGAAAGUGUCAUGCAAGGAUUCUAACCUGAGGGGUGUGGACUUCCAGAAGAGUCUGUGCUGGCCUAUCGUAAGCACCUGAGACUGUAUAAAAACUUGUGUGUGUGCAUUUUUCUUUGGAAAGACUGCUGCUUUUCAUCAAACUCUCAGAGCUGUGUAACUCAAAGGUGAAACUUUGGUGGUAAAACAGUAUACUGAACUGAGAACCAAAAGGGUGGCAUUCAGUUCCUGAAUCUGUUUCCCACAUGUGUGACUUCUGCAGAGCCCUUCCCUGGACUGUGUUUGCCUAUAAAAUGGGAUUGAUCACGCCUAAGUCAUUCUCUACCGUAGAAAAUCGCUGUCCGGUUGAAAUGAGAUGCGUGUGUGCUAACUUUUCUGAACAAAACUUAAGGAGUGCGUAGUAUUCUUCCCAUGUACAGAGCAUUUUCACAGCAUUUCAUAUGCAUCACUGCUCAUGGGCCCAUUGAUUUAUUGAUCAAAUAAGUUUCAAACUACGCUUUC